GAAUCCUGUACGUACGUCCUCACUUAUCCUGUUUCUGCAACUCUCUUCUCAUUGGUUAUCUGUAUUCUCUCCCAAAUCCUGUAGAUCCAACUUUCCUUUUCCUUCUUCACUCCCAAUCCCAUUCUUCAAGCUUCACCAAAAAUCUCUAAUAUCAUUCAACCAAUCUAAAGUUGAAGGCGCCAAAAUCUUCAAUCGAUCGUUCUAGGCGUUCUAUACUGCAAUCAAUGGCUUCUUCAAUCCCUAAUGCGCCAUCCGCGGUCAAUUGCCCGAGCUAUGUCGGUCUCCGAGCGCCGCAGAGGACCUUCAACUUUUGCGUUCCACAACCUGCCACCAAGUCGUUCCCUCCGCGCCUUUUCGUCGUGAGAGCGAGCGAUUCCGAUUUCGAAGCCGCCGUUGUCGCUGGAAAGGUUCCAUCGGCGCCUCCUGUGCCGCCUAAACCAGCGUCUCCGGUUGGAACUCCGGUGGUCCCUUCACUUCCACUUCAUCGGCGUCCUCGUCGGAACCGGAAGUCGCCUGCGCUUCGGUCCGCUUUUCAGGAAACGAGUAUUUCGCCGGCGAAUUUUGUGUAUCCGCUCUUCAUUCACGAAGGCGAGGAAGAUACUCCAAUCGGAGCUAUGCCUGGAUGCUACAGGCUUGGGUGGAGGCAUGGACUUGUAGAAGAGGUUGCAAAAGCACGGGAUGUUGGUGUUAAUAGUAUUGUGCUCUUCCCCAAAAUUCCAGAUGCUUUGAAGUCUCCCACAGGAGAUGAAGCAUACAAUGAAAAUGGUUUAGUGCCUCGGACAAUACGUUUGCUCAAGGAUAAGUACCCAGACCUUAUUAUUUAUACAGACGUUGCAUUAGAUCCCUAUUCAUCAGAUGGGCAUGAUGGCAUAGUUAGAGAAGAUGGAGUUAUUAUGAAUGACGAAACAGUUCAUCAGCUAUGUAAACAAGCUGUAGCCCAGGCCCAAGCUGGAGCAGAUGUUGUCAGUCCUAGUGAUAUGAUGGAUGGUCGGGUAGGAGCAUUGCGUGCAGCUCUUGAUGCUGAAGGCUUUCAGCAUGUUUCUAUAAUGUCCUAUACAGCAAAGUAUGCAAGUUCUUUCUACGGUCCAUUUAGAGAGGCACUAGACUCCAAUCCCCGGUUCGGAGACAAGAAAACUUAUCAGAUGAACCCAGCUAAUUACAGAGAAGCUCUGACUGAGAUGCGGGAGGAUGAAUCUGAAGGAGCUGACAUUCUCUUGGUAAAGCCUGGUCUUCCUUACUUGGAUAUCGUAAGGCUGCUCAGGGAUAAUUCUCCUUUGCCAAUUGCAGCAUACCAGGUUUCUGGUGAAUACGCAAUGAUAAAGGCUGCUGGUGCUCUCAAAAUGAUAGACGAAGAAAAAGUUAUGAUGGAGUCACUGAUGUGCCUCCGAAGGGCUGGUGCCGAUAUCAUCCUCACAUAUUCUGCUCUGCAAGCUGCCAGAAGUUUGUGUGGAGAGAAGAGGUGAGAGAUUCUCUGAUUAUGUUGAAGGCUGAAGAGAUUUCCUAAUACCAGCAUGUUAAGCUGGAAUUUUGUCAGUUGUAAAUUGUUUUAAGAAUGACUUUGGGGUUAUGUGUAUAGAGAGACUCAUUCGUAAUAAAAUAUUAUGGUGUAGUUUUACUUAUAUAUUUAAUAACCUAAUAGGAAAAGACAUGGCCCUGUUUUUGGCGUUAUUGUAACGUAUGAAUGCAACUUUGCACUCGCCUACUCAA